AUGGGUAACUUGCGACGAAAGGUGAAAUCAUCCAAUGAGGAACUCUUGGAUAAGAUACUGCGCCAACAAAGUGUGUUGCCCAACGAAAGUUAUAGGGGCGCAAACUUGUGUAUGAUGCAAGAAAGCAGGUGUCCCCACGAUGUGAACAUUGAAGAGUCAACGGAGCUCAUUCACCGCCUAUCAAUUAGGACUAGUGCCAUUACCGGUCUCCCAGCACUCAUUAACGCGCUCAUGCGCGUAGCUUUCCUCCGCCCACCUGUCCGCUUCACGCACUCUUUCUAA